AUGCCUCCAGCAGUUUCUGAGGCCUCGACUUUGAGCAUUUCUUCCACUCGACCAACGCAUCUUUAUUUGCCCGUUGAACCACACCAAAGGAGCCAACAGCGCCCUUCAUCAUGGUCAGCACGCUUCCGGGAAUCUUUUUUCAGUCGACCCGAUUCCAGACGCAAACGGAAGUUUCGGAGUCGCGACAGUGGCUAUUUACGGGAUCAAGCUCCUAUGUCUCAACCCAAGGACUCGAAGCCUCAGACCAGACAAUUUUUUUUGCUGAAGAAUCAGAAAGGGAAAGGCAAUUUGGCUACCAUUGGAGAAAAAAGCCAACUCGAACACCAAGAUUUUGCCAGCGAUGCGGGAACCAUACGGAAGACACCUCAGUGUGAAAUAACACAAGACGCCGAUAACCCUCUAUGGCCUGCCAAAUCGUGGACUGGUCGAAGCAAACGUAAGCAUACUAUCAGUCGCGACGAUUAUCUAACCGCACGUGGUGCAAAUCCCAGAACCGGCGUCAUUAGCCCAAGCAUUACCAGUCAUAGCGAUGAUUCAGAUAUCGCCGGAUCAGAGGGAUUAUUGAACAACGAGGAUAACGCCAUGGAUAAGAAAUGGCGGCUAAAAGGUGACCAGUGGAUAAGCUUGGAUAAGGAUGCGAAGACGCCAUUGCCUUCUCCCUCUACUGAAAAACCAAGUGACGUAGAGGACAAAGCACGAUCUUAUAUCCGCAGGUUGCAACAACGUGGGGUUCGGCAUUCUCAGGUCGAGGAUCGGUUUGUUGUCAAUAUGCCGUCUGCCAGAGAGCCUUGUCCGCCGACUAUGACGACGCAACAAAUAUCGGAGUUUCAAAAGGCAAUUGACCGAAUUUAUAAAAAUGGAGAAAAGUUUGUGGAUCCAAAAAUCCCCCUAACGCCCCCGGAACCAGCUCCAAAUGGACCAAGCACUCCGCCCAAAAAGCUGUCCAAAGAUAUUAAGUAUGGUCAGGGGGAACCAGAUAUUAGUCGUCCACCUCAAAUGUUGGAACAGGAGUAUUUUUUAGGGGGUGGCCGGGCGAAGGCUAUGGAGUCUCGAAAAGCAAGCAACCCUUCGCCACCGAGCACAAUCAAAGAGGGACAAGGGCAAAAUCGGCUUUCAAUGAUAGGGGAGAAGCAGAUGGAAAAUAUAGCGUCUACUCGAAACCGGCAUUCCAGAAUAUGUUCAAGCAGUCUCCUAGAGAGGAGAAUCAAAGGAGGUACAUUGUUGACCCCGACACAGGAUCCCAUUUCCCUCUUAUGUCCCAAGGCCAACCCUCAGGAGGCUGCAUCCACUAUCAUUACCACUACAGCCAACCUUGCAACUCACUCGCCCAAGCUUCGUUCUCGAAGCACGGAGCUAAACCCAGACACAAAUCCAAGUCUCACAGAAGAAAGGGGGCAGCCCUAUGCAUCUGCCUUCCGUCCUUCUCGAAGCAGUCCCGGCAUGGGGUUCGUCGCCGUCAAUCGCCCAGGAUACACAAACAUAGCAGAAGACGAUAUCAGGACUACGAAUACUCUCACGGAUGGGUCCACCCCUACGCUCGUGAACCAGGGCCGUAAUCUCACACUGCGCGACAUUUGCUAUUCUCGCAGCCAUGCAACUUGCUUAUACGCUUGGCCGGUUCUUCCAUAUACUGUUAAUAUUCUGGUGUCCUGCUUUCGAUUAAUUUUGAAAGCAUAUAGGCAUUUUCUCGCAGCCUCGAACGCCUUUGGCACAACAGAGCCAUGCGUCGAUGUCGCUUACUCAUGGAUAAACUACAUCCCUCUUGCUCUCCUAACAUAUGUAAUUUGGAAAGCUCUCGCUUGUAUUAUUACUUUUGGACUUCACGGCUGCUGGAUUACGAAACAGAUCAUUCACUAUGGCGGGUACACAAGUGGCCUCUUUUUGUUGUUUCGAUGGGUAUUGCGUUCCAAGUACGGCAUUUCGUUCAACCCUUAA